CGCCGGCGUCCGUGAGCUUGAGGCCGGGGGGCGGGGGACUGGGCGGAGGGCUGUCGCUGCGCCCGGGAGGAGGCAAGCCGUCGGGGCUCUACGUGCGUCCGGGAGCAGAUGGCUCGAGCGCGCAGGAUGACGGUCCGAAGGGUCCGCGAGUCAAGUAUUCGAGGGACGAGCUGCUGGCGUACCGUGAGAAGUGCGCGGACAUUCCCCCCGAGAUUCUGAACACGGGGGGCGACAUCAUUGCGUCGUCCGCGGGGGGGCGCUCCUCUUCCGCCGCGGCGGAGCCCGACUGGUCGUCGCGCAGGAGCGCGCCGCCGCCUUCGCAGCCGGCAGGCCAGCAGGCGCGCGCGCCCGAGGCCCCGGACAACCGCGACUGGCGCGCGCGGCAAGCGCUCCCCCCGCAGGAGGAGCGCGAGCGCGAGCGCGGGCGCGGCGGCGGAGGCGGACGGGGAGGCGGAGGCGGGCGGGGAGGCGGAGAGCGGGAUUGGCAGAACCGCGGGGAGCAGCAGGGGGGACAGCAGCAGCAGCAGCAACAUCAGGGACAGGCUGGGAACGUGAGUGACAGUCUUGGGAAUCAGAGUGGCAGUGGUGGAAUGGAAGUGGCAGCGGUGGGAAUGGGUAUGGCAGCGGUGGGAAUGGGAGUGGCAGCGGUGGGAAUGGGAGUGGCAGCGGUGGGAAUGGGAGUGGCAGCGGUGGGAAUGGGAGUGGCAGUGGUGGGAAUGGGAGUGGCAGUGGUGGGAAUGGGAGUGGCAGUGGUGGGAAUGGGAGUGGCAGUGGUGGGAAUGGGAGUAGCAGUGGUGGGAAUGGGAGUGGUACCUCCUUUCGCCCCCCUUUCUUCUUUCCACCGUCUCCUCUCUCUCGCGCUCUCUCCUGCUCGUUUCCCCCUCUCCUUCUGCUUCGCUUCCUCCCCCCAUUCCCUCUUAACCCCCUCUCUCCCUCGCUCCCGCCCCCCUUCUUGCCCCAUUCCCGCCCCCCUUCCCUCCGCCCUUUCCUCCAUGGAUAUUCCCUUCUCUUCCCGUUCAGGCGGACGGCCCGGCGGUGCCGAUAGUGAAGGCGGCCGGUUGAGCACGACUCACAUGGCUGCACCUUGUCCCCCCUCUCCUCCCCUCCCCUCCCCCUCGUCUCCCCCUCCUCUAUCCGGACACGUCCUGGCGGACGGCCCGGCGGCGGACGGCCCUGCGGUCCCGAUAGUGAAGGCGGCCAAUCCGUGGAUGCCACGUCGCGGCGCCGUGGACGAGAAGGAGAAGGUUCUGCGAACUGUCAAGGGUAUCCUGAACAAGCUCACGCCUGAGAAAUUCGACGUGCUGCUGCAGCAGAUGCUGGAGUCGGGCAUCACCUCCGCGGAGCGACUGCAGGAGGUGAUCUCGCUCAUCUUUGACAAGGCAGUGGACGAGCCCACGUUCUGCCCCAUGUACGCGGAGCUCUGCGACAAGCUCUCCCACGCGCUGCCGCAGUUCCCGGGGCCGGAAGGGUCGGAUAAGCCGGUUACUUUCAGGCGGAUUCUGCUCAACACGUGCCAGGAGGAGUUCGAGCAGGCGCUGAAGCUGCGGCAGGAGCUCAAGGGAUUGACCAAGGCUGAGCAGGCCGAGGAGAGGGAGGACGUGCAGCGGCGGGUGAAGGCUCGCACGCAGGGGAACAUCCGGCUGAUCGGAGAGCUGUACAAGCAGAAGAUGAUUCCCGAGAAGAUCGUUCAUGCGUGCGCCCAGGAACUGCAAGGAGACAGCAAGACGGAGCCUCCAGAGGAGAACAUUGAGGCGCUCUGCCAGCUGCUGUCCACGGCAGGGAGAGGCAUGGAGGAGAAACCCGCCGGCAAGGCCAACCCGGUCCUCCUCAACGCCUACUUUGACCGCCUUAAAGCCCUCUCGAACUCCCCCACGCUGCCCUCUCGCAUCCGCUUCAUGUGCCGCGAUCUGGUCGACCUGCGGUCCAAUAAGUGGGUGCCACGUAGGAAGGAGCUCACUGCUAAGAAGCUGGAUCAGAUUCAUGCCGAAGCUGAGGCCACGCUCGGGCUGAGGAAGGGCGCUGCGUCGCUCAGGGUCGGCGCAGCCUCGGGAGCCAUGCCUGGAGGUCCGGGGAUGAUGUUCCCUCCCGGGCCUGGCUGGCCCGGAGGUCCGGGGAUGCCGGGCAUGCCCGGAGGCUUGGUGGGAGGUAUGGUGCCUCCUGUGGAUCUGGAUGGGUGGGAGACGGUUUCGAUUGGUCGGCGGGCGAAGAAGGAUACUGCCGGAGCUGCCGGGCAGGCUCGGCAGGGAGCUGCAGCUGCAGGUGCGGUACCGAUCAUGGGGCCAGGCAUGGGGCUCAAAAUGGGCCCAGGUAUGGGUCCGGGCAUGGGAGGUUCGUCGGCAUUCAUUGGCAAGCCGAGCGCUCUGAUUGGUGCCAAGCCUGCUCCUGUCAGACCAGCCGAACCUGCGGCUCCCAAGCCUGCUGCCGCUCCUGCCGCCGCCCCUGCCGCUGCUAGCAACGGCCCAGCCGCAGCAGCAAAGCCGGUAGCAGCGGCGGCAGUGUCAGGCACGUGGGAUGAUGUGGCAAAGAGGAAGUCUGAAUCUCUUCUCAAGGAGUUUUUCGCCGUUCUGGAUCUUAAGGAGGCUCAGCUGUGUAUGGAGGAGCUUGGCUCGCAGAAAUCCCACGAGGUUUCGUCCCGGUUCGUUGAAUUUGCCGCGAAUUUCGCCCUGGAGGGCGGCAAGGAGAAGGAGUGCGUGGAGGUGGGGCGGCUGCUCUCCCACCUGCACUCCAAGGGCGCGUUCGCACAGAGCGACAAGGGCGAGAGCGCGCUGACAGCUGGCAUGCUCUCAUUGGCCGAGCAGCUCGAUGACCUGGCUCUGGACGUGCCGCAGGCGCCGAGAUUCCUGGGCGAGUGGCUGGGCGGCUUUGUGGCAGCCGGGGCGGCGGAUUUCGGCUUACUCAAGUCUGUGUGUGAGAUGUCGUAUGAUGGCGGGAGGAGGCGGGCGGUGGUGGUGGCUGCGGUUAAGGCGAUUGAGGGGAGCGAGGCGGGGAAAGGGGAGGGGGUGGUGGAGGUGUUGAGGAAAGCAGGGGCAAAGGAGCUUAGUAAGGUUGUGACAGAGGAGGGGAAGGAUGAGGCGGAGGCAAAGAGGCAGCUUGAAGAGGACUUGAAGAAGGCUGGGCUUGCUUUGGAGGUGCUGACAUUGUGA